CACACUGAGCAGAGUGGAGGGAGCGUCAGUGUGUGAGCGCUCACACAGCCAUGCGUCCACACACACCGAGCGAGGCGAGUUCAGACGAGUGAGUGCAGCAUGGAGAGGACGGACGUGAACGUGAGCGUGAACAUCACCGAGGUUCUCGGAGAGCUUUGCUCCACUCUCACCUCACAGCUCAUCACCUCUCUGCUGCUCGGAGCACUCAUCCUCUUUGCCAUUUUGGGAAACACGUGUGUCAUCGCCGCCAUUGCUCUGGAACGAUCUCUCCAGAAUGUGGCUAAUUACUUAAUUGGCUCGUUAGCGGUCACGGACCUCAUGGUGUCAGUUCUGGUUCUGCCCAUGGCUGCUCUCUAUCAGGUCCUGGACAAGUGGACUUUGGGUCAAGAGAUCUGUGAUCUGUUCAUCGCUCUGGAUGUUUUGUGCUGCACAUCUUCCAUCCUUCACCUGUGUGCCAUUGCGCUGGAUCGUUAUUGGACCAUCACCGACCCCAUCGACUAUGUGAACAAACGGACCCCGAAACGCGCCGCCAUGUUAAUCAGCCUCACGUGGAUUGUCGGAUUCUCCAUCUCCAUCCCUCCAAUGUUGGGAUGGAGGAAACCAGAGGACCGCUCCGAUCCCAACGCAUGCUCCAUCAGCCAAGAUCCAGCGUACACCGUGUACUCCACGUUCGGCGCUUUCUACGUCCCGCUCGUCAUCAUGCUCGUGCUUUACGGACGCAUUUUCAGAGCUGCUAGAUUUCGCAUCCGGAAAAACGUCGGGAAGCGUCGGCGAGUGUCGGCCAGGAUCCCGGACCACGAUGAGAUCACAGUAAGCAUCAGUGCCAACGGAGCCACAAAACCCAAACCGGAGUUCAUGGAACUGAGAGAAGAAGACUGUAAACGCCACAUCCUGCCGCUCUCUAACUCCUCACUGCUGGAGCAAAAGGACAGGAAGAGCGCGGAAACGAAAAGAAAAGCGGCACUGGCGCGGGAACGGAGGGCAGUGAAGACGCUCGGCAUCAUCAUGGGUACCUUCAUCCUGUGCUGGCUGCCGUUCUUCACCGUGGCGCUCGUGCUGCCGUUCUGUAAGUCGCGGUGCUCGAUGCCCGACUGGCUCGGAGACGUCAUCAACUGGCUCGGCUACUCCAACUCUCUCCUGAACCCCGUCAUCUACGCCUACUUCAAUAAAGACUUCCAGAACGCAUUCAAGAAAAUUGCAAAAUGCAAAUGUGUCGGGCCGUGAGGGGGACGCUCGUCUUAUUGUCUGCCAUUUUGAAUUGUUGAAAGGGAUUGUGGGUAAGAAGAUUUCCAUUACGCAGGGUUCAGGUGCAAAAAUCCCCAGCGAUAAAUUACUGCCUAUAUAUAAA